AUGGGGAAUACAUGUUGUAGUAAUCAGCCAAUUGAUGCAGGUAUUUAUAGGGAUUAUAAAUUUUAUAGAAAAGUAAAUAGAUGAGAGACCUGAAGAUCCAGGGAAAAAAACUGAUUAAGAGCCAAAUAAUGUUGAGGAGCCUAUUGACUAAAUAAUAAGUAAGUUAGAUGAAUUUAGUAUAGAAUAUCCAACAUUGUCAGUGUAGCCUUCUUUAUUCAUUCAAAUGAAAAGAGAGACAAUCUAUAGUACAUAUUAAGUAGGGAAGUUAUUGGGAGAAGGUUAGAAUUCUAUAAUAUUCUCAUCUUUAGGUGCUUAUGGAUAGGUUUCAAUUGUUACACAUAGAGUGACUGGUAUGUAAAGAGCAAUGAAAGCAAUAAGGAAGGAUUGUCUAUUUGAAGAAGAAUAAGCAAAACUAUUUUCAGAAAUGACAAUUUUGAAAAAUCUUAAUCAUCCUCAUAUUGUUAAUCUUUUUGAGUUAUUUGAAGAUGAGAAGUUUUAUUAUUUAAUAACAGAGUAAUAUUAUAAAUAUAUAUAUUUUAGAUAUUUAAGAGGAGGUGAACUCUUUGAUCGUAUUUAGAAAGCCAAGAGUUUUAGUGAGGCAGAUGCUGUUCGAUAUAUGAAACAAGUGAUUUCUGCAGUUGCAUAUUGUCAUUCAAACAAUAUUGUACAUAGAGAUUUAAAACCAGAAAAUAUCAUUUUUGCAUCUGAAGAUCAAUAUUCAACUUUGAAAGUCAUUGAUUUUGGUACAUCACGGAAAUUUGAUAAAAAUUAAAAUAUGUCAAAACGAUUAGGAACUGUAAUAUACAUAUAUAUAUAUUUAAUAGCCAUAUUAUAUUGCACCUGAAGUCUUAUAAAAGAAAUAUAAUGAAAAAUGUGAUGUGUGGUCUUGUGGUGUUAUUCUCUACAUUCUCUUAGCUGGAUAUCCACCUUUCUAUGGUAGAAAUGAAACUGAAAUUUUUGAUAAAAUUUUAAAGGGUAAAAUACCAUUUCAUACUACUGAAUGGAAUAAGAUAUCUAAGGAGGCUAAAAACUUAAUUACUAAUAUGUUAUGUUAGGAUGUAGAGAAGAGGUAUUCAGCUUAAUAAGUUUUGGAUGAUCCUUGGAUGUAAUAAGGAUAGGAAUAAAAUUUAUUUGAUGAUAAUUUUUUAAAGAAUCUUACAGAAUUUAGUGCAAAGAGUAAACUUAAAUAAGCUUUGUUAACUUUUAUGGCAAGUCAAAUGAUUUAACCAAAAGAAGUUGAAUAAAUAUAAGAAUUUUUUAAAUAAUUAGAUAAAAAUAAUGAUGGAAAAUUAUCUAAGGAAGAAUUAGUAGCUGCAUUUUAAUAAAAAGUUUAAAGUAAGGAUAGAUUGAUUGAAAAUAUGGAAACAAAAAUAAAUAAGAUUGUAACUGAAAUUGAUGUUAAUUAAUCUGGUUAUAUUGAUUAUACAGAAUUUAUAAUGGCGUGUUUAAAAUAUGAGAAAUUAUUGACAAUUGACAAAAUUAAAUAAACCUUUAGAAUAUUCGAUCUUGUAAUUUAUAUAAUAAUAAUUUUAGGAUGGAGAUAAAUACAUUUCUAAGGAAGAAUUAUCAUAGAUUAUGGAAGGAGUGGAUGAUGAUAUUUGGAAGUAAUUUUUAACUGAAUGUGAUUAAGAUAAUGAUGGUAAGAUUUCAGAAGAAGAAUUCAUUAAUCUUUUAUAAGAUAAAUUUUGA